AUGGAGAGCAGCCCCGGCGCGCCGGGCGCCGCGCCCCUCGGAGCCCCGGGUCCCGCCAGCCUCGCCGAGGCGCCGCCGGAGCGAGAAAAGUUGGUGAAGUUGGAAGGGGCGGCAGCCGGGCCCGGGGGCAGCGGGCAGCCCCGGCCCGCCGCUCAGCCGCACGCGCGGCAACCCGGGCCAGCCCAGGACCCGCUCUACGACGAGCCGGACGCCGGCGGGGGCCCGCCCGGGGGCCCCCCACCACGACCCGCGCGCGCCGUGAGCCUCCGGGAGCGCCUGCUGCUCACGCGGCCCGUCUGGCUGCAGCUGGCGGCCAACGCGGCGGCCGCGCUGCACACGCUGAGAACCGAGCCCCCGGGGACUUUCCUGGUGCGGAAAUCCAACACCCGCCAGUGCCAGGUCCUGUGCGUGCGGCUGCCCGAGGCCAGCGGCCCCUCCUUCGUGGCCAGCCACUGCGUCCAGGAGCGCCCUGGGGGUUGCUCCCUGGAGGGCUCAGAGCUGGAGUUCCCCGACCUGGUCCAGCUCAUCUGUUUCUACUGUCACAGCCGGGACAUCCUUCUGCUCCCUCUGCAGCUGCCCAGGGCCAUCCGCCUGGCCGCUACACAUAAGGAGCUGGAAGCCAUCUCCCAUCUGGGCGUCGAGUUCUGGGCCUCCUCCCUCAACACCAGAGCCCGGCCAGGCCCGUCCUCAGGCCCAAUGCUGCCCCGGCUGAAACCCAGGCCCCCCCAGGAGCUGGACCAGGGCACCGGCAAUGCCCUCUGCUUCUUCAACCCCCUCUUCCCCGGGGACCUGGGCCCCACCAAGCGCGAGAAAUUCAAGAGGAGCUUCAAAGUGCGCGUGUCCACGGAAGCCUCCAGCCCCCUGUCCCCGCCCGCCGUCCCCCCACCCCCGGUGCCCGUUUCGCCCGCAGCAGCGGCCCGGGAGGCCCCCGAGAAGCUGCCCCCUCGCCAGCUGCUGAGGAGGGAGAGCUCGGUGGGAUACCGGGUGCCCGCCCCCAGCCCCCCGGCCCUGCCCUCCCUCCAGGAGCUGGGCUGUGCCUCCCCCAGCAGCUCCGAUGAGGAGGAGGGGGCGCCCGGGGACCAGGGCAGUCCCGCCACCUCCCCUGGCCCGGCCCGCCGGCGGCCGCUGCUGAGGUCCAUGAGCGCCGCCUUCUGCUCCCUGCUGGCGCCGGAGCGUCAGGUGCACAGGGCGGCCGGAGCACUGAUGCGGAGUCGCCGAACGGCCGUGGGCCAGCUGGUGCAAGACCUCCUGACGCAGGUGCGCGCCGGUCCCGAACCCCAGGAGCUGCAGGGCGUCCGGGAGGCGCUGAAUCGGGCCCGGGCUAUGCUGAGUGCGGAACUGGGCCCCGAGAAGCUGCUGCCCCCCGAGAGACUGGAAAGUGUCCUGGAGAAAUCCCUGCAUCGCUCUGUGCUCAAACCCCUGAGGCCCAUCCUGGCCGCCCGUCUGCGGCGCCGGCUCUCCGCAGACGGCUCACUGGGCCGCCUGGCUGAAGGCCUCCGCCUGGCUCGAACCCAGGGCCCAGCCGCCUUCGGGUCGCACCUGAGCCUUCCCUCCGCGGUGGAGAUAGAACAGGUGCGACAGAAGCUCCUGCAGCUGCUCGGCGCCUACUCCCCCUACGCCCAGAUCAAGCGCUUCCUGCAGGCCUGCAAGCUACUCUACUCGGCGCUGAGGACCCAGGCGGGGGAGGGUGCGGGCGCCGAUGAAUUCCUCCCGCUGCUCAGCCUAGUGCUGGCUCACUGCGACCUCCCGGAGCUGCUCUUGGAGGCCCAGUACAUGUCGGAGCUGCUGGAACCCGCGAUGCUCACUGGAGAGGGCGGCUACUACCUGACCAGCCUGUCUGCCAGCCUGGCCCUGCUGAGCGGCCUGGACCCCGCCCUCAGCCAGCCCCUGAGCCCCUCGCAGGAGCUGCAACGCGCGCUCCAGCAGUGGGAGCAGCGCCGUCUGCCGGCCGCCCACAGCUGCCAGCACCUCCUCCGCGUUGCCUACCAGGAUCCCAGCAGCGGCUGCAGGUCCAAGACCCUGGCAGUGCCCACGGGUGCGUCAGUCACCACUCUGUCCCAGCUCUGUGCCACCAAGUUUCGUGUUCCCCAGCCCAGCGCCUUUGGCCUCUUCCUGUAUAAGGAGCAAGGCUACCAGCGCCUGCCCCCUGGAACCUUGGCACACACGCUCCCCGCAACUGGCUACCUCGUCUACCGCCGUGCAGAACACUCCAACACCCCGCAGGCCGGGGCCACAGCAGAGGGGAUCUGUGGGGAUCCAGAGGCAGGAGGGAAGGGGGAGGAGGUAGGGGAUCAGGGUGUGGUGCUCCCUGAGAUCAGUACCAGCCCCAGAGAUAGCAGAGAGCAGGCUGAGGGAGGGCCUGCGCUGGAUGGUGCCAACAUCCCAGCAGCCACUGCCACAGGGCAAGGCGGGAGCCCUGACGUGAGCGCUUGGAAAUGUCGCGCUCAUCACCCGGGUUCCGUGCAGGGGGUCGGCUCCCUGUCUGCCUCGCUCGAUGGCCAGAAACAAGCUCCAGUGUGGGCAGAGGCGCCCUGUGGGGGUGGCCCCCGCUGGAACAGUGUCUUGGGAGCUUGUUCCCGGGAGGGGCUAAGGGCAGCGGGGAGCCCCAGCAUGAGACAAUGGACCCGCCCACCGCCUGACCCCCGCAGCUGGCUCUCUUUACAGCGGGGACAGGCCAAGGUGGGGGCAGGAGAGGGGGCGCUCCGAGGCCAGCCCAGCCGCUUCGGAUCUGGGACAGGACAGCUAGUCCCAGCCUCAGCCCCUGCAGGGUGGUUUGGGGAGUUGGGAAAUGGAGGGCGGGGUGGGAUGGGACAGAAGAAGGAGAAAAAGGAGGGCUUAGCCCCCAAUCGGUCACCCUGGUGGAGGCUGAAGUACUCGACAGGGAUUGGCCCCAGGCCCCUGCGGCCUGCCUACCUGCCUGCUCUGGCCUGCUGGCCUGAAUUCCGAGCUGGGAUGCUGCGGGUGUGGGAGAAAGAGUCGGCUGAUGAGCUCAAGGCGCUGGGCCCGCGCCAGGGGGAGGCUGGUCCCCUCUCGGAGCCUCCGAGGCUGAGGUCGACAGAACCACUGUCUGGCACCCCGCAAGCUCCUCAGAAGUCCCUGCAGGCCGGCCUGCGCUCCACCGGGGGCCCAGAGAAGCAUUUCCUGUUUGGGGGCCUCUGCCGCCUCCUCUCCCAGGCAGCCCAGGUUCCCAGGGCCCGAGCCAGCCGAGGUGAAGGCAGGGCAGGCCGGUACAGGAACAAGAGGGGCCUGCCCAGCCCCGGACCUAUGUUCUGCCUUCGGAGCAAGUGCACAGAGGGGAAUGGGGUGCAGGCAGGCCGGGGUGCGCGUCUGGGCUCAGGGCAGCGUGGGGACGGCCCCCGCACACGUGUGUGCCGUGACUCACAGCACAUUUCCACACGCAUGACGAACUUUUGGGCCCCGAGGCCCGUCCCGGAGGGCGAGGCCGUGCGGGGUCCAGAUCCCAGUCUUGGAGCCCGGGAAGCGAUGACCUCGCCCAGGGCGGCCUGCAGCAAGCACCCCCAAGCUGCGGGCGCCGAGGGUCGGUCCAGCCAGGCCCCUCGGGGAGGCGAUCCCCGGCUCUGA